ACAAAACUUGUUCGGUGCUGUGCAAAUUAUGCAAUUAGAAUUUCGGACGGAUUUGCAAUCAUCGGACUACCGGAAUUUUGCGCUAUGAUUCAGCAAAUCUUCACUAGUACUUAGUUGAGUGAAUCUCUGUGUUUUCAUCCGCUCUUUAUAAAUUAGCCAAGGUGCCCUCUUACUUACGCUCUCUGGAAAAGCAUUUCAUCACCUACGUUGAAGUAUUUUCCUCUUUGAAAGAAUUUGAGUUAGGUCAUGUCCCAAGACAUCAAAGCUCCAGGUAUAUCUGAAGGAGGGUUUACAGGCAGCACAUCUCAGUCCGAAUUCUUCGCAAAUAAAUUCCUUACUGUUGCUGAGGAAUUAUCAACCCCUGACCCAAGAACAGAUAUUUCAAAUCCAAAGGGUGCUGAUGAAUUUAUCCUGGAAAAUCAGACUGUUGAGCACUCCGAGAAUAAACACUUAGCUCAAUGUCCGACACUGCGUCAAGGUGACUUUCAAAAUCAUUUCGGCCAUUGCUCAUUAGUCACCCAGAAACUCAAAAAUGAAGAGUCUUCAUCAGGUUUGGAACAGUUGCUUACAACUUUCGGUGCUGAGAACUGUUGCUCUUGUCAUGAUGACUCCUGCUAUCAGAUUAGGAAAACUGCAGACAGCAAGGCUUUACUGAAAAGCUUGCAGGAUAGGAAGGAAAAGUCUUCAAAGGAAGGUCUAAAAUCCAACACUAGUUCGGUUUCAGCGAAAAUUCAACCUGAAACGCACAUUAUGAGUCCGCCAAUAAAUUUCACUCGUUUAAUUGAUUCGGAAGCUUUGGGAUUUUCUAAAAAUGAUUCAUUAUGGACAACAGCACUGCCUGCCCAUGGAAAGAUCGACAUUUCACAGAACAUAACUGAAAGGAUAAGAGAGACGGGAUUGGGAUCUAGCACACUGAAAGUGAAUCAUCAAUGGCGAAGAAGAUCCGUCCCCUACGAGGGAAGACCAGACAGGAAAGUAAACGUUCUGCAGUGCAACUAUCCAAGAUCUACCCAAUCAAACCUCUCCAAAAUUGUGUAUUCUUGUGCCCAUUGCAAUUUUAAAAGUUAUGGCAGCAAGAAGUUCCUGAAGCAGCAUUUAAUAAGCUGUACAGAAAACUCAGCAUGCACCCCUGGGACAGAUGGAAAGCCACUUGAAAUUCCAUGUGGAAGCCAUACAUCUCAACAUUUUAACUCUACAUCUGCUUGUGGAUCAGAAAAUUCACAUUUGUCUCUGAAGAAGGAUGAAAAAUUUGUUCUGGAGUCAGCAGGUUGUUCCAAAUCUUUGUAUGAGGAUGGGCAGUACAAAUCUUCAAAUUUUUCCAGUGGAAAGUCCUGUGAAAAUCCACUUCCUUCCUCCAGUAGUUCAAAGACUUCUGAUCUUUCCAGCUCCUACAUGGAAAAAUAUGUGUCAUUACCAGCUUUCAAACAGCUGCUGCGAUGCAAGUAUUGCUACGUCAAGUUUGAGCAGUACUCAGAUUUUAAGACUCAUAUGAAAAUGCAUCCAAGUGAAGGAUUGCUUUCUUGCGCCCUUUGUCCGUAUAAAAGCACAUAUCAAAACAACAUAGAAGAGCAUGUUAUGAGCCACCAUGGUUGUGUUAAUAUAUUGCUGUGUAUGUGAAUUUUCUCUCUGAAAAUGAGUGAGUGAUUGAUCAAAAAUCAAUCUCUGCUCUAGUCCGUCAAUCUUAGUCGUGCAAUACAGCUGUUGCUUAAUUUUUAUGUAACUACUAUGGAAUAGUAAAUUUAAAAAUGAGAAUACCUUAGUUUCUCCAAUUUUUAUUAUUAUUAUUUAUUCAAAUUUUAGCUGAGAUAAUUACUUUCCAAUUCGCCGGAAUUACAACUAAAUUGCUAAUGGGAAAAUAUCGCUCCAAUAGAUUUCCUGAUGUCACAUGAAGAAUUGAUUGUGGUGUAUCCUUUUAAUCUCAUAUGUUUUUUUUUUUUUUUUUUUUUUUUUUUUUUUUUUUUUUAAAUCACUUUUUGGUCGCAAUUGUAGACCGUAUUUGCGAUGCAAUCGCUGUUUGAAGUAAACAUUUUCAGGAAAGUUCUAAAGAUCAGAUGAAACUAUCUUAUACAGAAUGCUCAGCAACCAUGUUACAUUACAUUAAUGGUGGCUGAAACUGUAGGUCAUGGCUGCAUAUAGAAGCCUCAGGCCAAUGAGAAACGCUCCCAAAAUACCUUCAAUUUUACGUCUUAUUUCUCUGGCCACUAAUUUUUAAUAAUGCAAAUUACAAAUAACAUUUGAGCUGAUCUUGAGUUUUCAUUGAUUGAUCUAUUUAUUUUAAAAAUUGAGCACAUAUUACGAGUAUUUUUCUACAGCAGGUAAAAAUCCUCAAUCUGAAUGAAAUAAAAUGAGACUAAAAAUUCUUGGUGAAAAUAGUUUUAAUAAUAGAGCUUGCCUUUUCUUAUAGCUUAUAAGUGUUUUUAGAAACGCACCGCAGAAUGAAGAAUUUUAAUAUUUUUAGCUAUCAAAGAAUUUCAACAAAAAAUUUUCUUUCAACCGAUUACACUCUCAUAUUUGUAUUGAAAAUAUCAGGAGUUGUAAUUCUUUUUCUUAGUUUUUAGUCAACCAAAUGUAUUAAAUAUUUUUUAUAAUAUUCAUUGCAGCUUUUUCACCACUUUUAAAAACUUUUUAACUGUCAAAAAUAGCCUUCAGUCGUCUACUUCUAGGGGUCUUUUAAUUGUUGGCCAUAGGUCAACCAUUUCUUUUUUGAUUGUUUAAUACAGUAUUAACCACCCAGAUUCGCAGUUUUUAUAUUUUAUAAAGGGUUAUAGUCUUCAAUUUUGUAGUAAAGGCCACUGAUUAUUAUGGUCACAUCACUGUAGAAUUGAAGUUAACUGUAAAAUAACAAUGUAUACCUUUUUCUCAGGAAUUUUUCUCCUCAGGUUUGUGUGAUUAGUAGUACACGGGUUUUUCUUCUCUCUCUGCUAGAUUAGUAGUCAUAGAUAAUAUUUUUUUAUGCAUAAUUUAUCAGUUUUAUUGUUAAUUAGUAUGACUAAGUUUUUCACAGCCAUGUGUAUCGCAUCUUACGCUAUGGUGAAAAUUUGCAAGUGAAAGUUCGUUUGGUUCUAGACUUAAACGUUUAUUUCAUUUUGCAACUGAUUUUUGCGUGAAAAAUCGCUUGUUUGUGUAAUGGAGCUCCUGCAAGAAGCAGGAAUUUUUGAUGAAUGAUCUAUUCUACUUUCCUAAAAUGUCACGAAAAUAUGAUACUACCCCUAGUUUUGUCUAAAAUCAGCCAAAAUUACGCACAUUGGAAAUGCUGAUUUCUUCUCAAGGAUUGAAUUUUGGACUCUGGCAUGUGGCCAUCGUAUUCUCCGAGUAAUGUUGAUGAGAGAACUUGCACUGCAUUGCUAAAUUUCCUCAGUCUCUUUCCAUCACAUAGAGGAUAGAUUGGUUAAAGCAAAAAACUUUGAUUCUUGCGGGAACCCAAAUGACCUUAUUGACUUGUCAAGUCAACACAAUUAAUGUUUUAAUAAAGUCCGUUUUUAAAAGUUU